AAAUGACGAUGACGAUCACAGAGUACUUUUUAUAUACUGAAAAUGACGAUUGAAGCAGAGUAUAGUAAUAUAAUAAGGAAAGAUUGAAGUAAAAUUAAAUUCCAAGGAAAAACUACGUUCAUCGUUCAAGUACGCUGACAUUGGCGAAUGAUCAAAAGCGCCAUAAAAAAGAAAGAAGAAGAACUACGUUUAUACGCUUCUUCUGAGACGGUACUUACUACUCUCUGAAUCUUGAGUAUAACUCUGAGGCCUGCAGGAUCGUUAAUUUGUUAAAAUAAUGGAGCAGUUAGAAAGUCAACUGUUUAUAGUUUUGGGUGUAAAAAUAAAGCCUGGUCCAAUGGAAAGGUACAAACUUGAAAAUUUUGCACUCGAUAAUACUGUGUCAACUUUAAAAGAAGAGGCAGAAAAGAAAACUAAUGAGCCAUCUUCUUCUUUAGGUAAGUUUUAUAAAAUCAUAUUUUUCUGCAAAACUUGUUUGUAUAAAUAGCGACAUGUGUCGUGACCACUAAGUGUGCUUACCACACAUGUACAUUUUACAGUGAAUAUACUGUAGGCAAAUGUCAUGUGAAUACCCAAUGAAUGUCCUAAAGAUUUGGACCGUUGGACCGUGGAUAAUGGACCGUUCACAUAAAAGAAUGUUCAUUGUUCCCAUCCCGUACCCUUGUACAUCACUAAAUAUACUUAAAAAUUGAAUAUUGAGUAUGUCAAGGCUGUGCUCAUGACUCAUACCAUUGUGUAUAGCAAUAAACAAAUUUUUAUCAUGGGAUAUAUGGUAAGAAAAAACCACACUGAUUGUUUUCUACGACUUCUGAAAGAAAAAGGUACUUAAGUUAUUAAUUUGAUUAUGUAAGUACUUGUAAAUAUAAGGUAAGCGAUAAUUAUAAUGUAUGUGUUAGCUCAAUAAAACAUAGGUACGAAUUUAUGAAACAAUGUUUAUUAACAAAAAUGUAAUGAAUUUACUCCCCGUUAAAAAGCAUAUUAUGCAGGGUUACUGGGAACUUGACAACUUCCGGGCAGGGCAUGAUAGGGGAGUUAAAAUGCUACAAAUUUGACCCACCAUAUAUAUGGCCGAAAAUGAACAGGUGUUGAGAUAAAAGGACUUUAAAGGUUUUUCAAUAAUCACCCAGAAUUUCGUAUUAAAUUCUAAAUAAAAAUAAAACUUUUUUCUUUUAAGUUCAUUUAUUUUCUUGAAGCUUCAACCAAACGAAUACAAUCAUAAAAAGUACAAAAAGUUUUCACAGUUAAAAAUUAUGGGGUUUAAUAAAUUAUUUUUCUAUUUUUACACUUUAGAGUCAUAAAAAUAUUUUUAAAAAUAUGGCCAUUUAAUCAGCUGGGGUGAGAGGCGCAGGCAGGUAUAAGAGAAACUCACGAUGAAGAUAAUCAAAAUAAAAAAAAACUUUCCACAUAGCUCUGUCUCUGUCUAGCGCUCGUGUCUAGGUUGUCGGUCGUCUGGAUUCGUCCUUUGUGGAAACUAGAUAAGUAAUAAUUUUGGUUGAGUUGUAUUUAUUCGAUUAUCUGUUUGCUGUUGUUACUAGUGGUAAAGUUCAAUUUAGUUUCCAGAUAGAAGGCGUAUAAGAUAAAUCUUCAUAUUUCUAGGUAGUAAAGCAUAAUUCUUUUGGGGAGAAAUUCUUUGGGGGAGGCCUAUGUUCAGCAGUGGACUUGUGAAGGGCUGUAAUGAAUGAAUGAAUGAAAGCAUAAUUCUAGUUUCUCCAAAGAUGUAUUAGGUAGUAAAGGACAAAUUGGUUUUCAUUUAAAAUCUAGUAUGGUUGUAAAGAAUAAUUUGUAAACAUUAUGUGCUGUAGAUCGUAAAUAUUUAAGUAUACUCAAUUUAUUUUAAGCCCUAAAAUUUUGGGUAGCAAAAAAACAUUUUUUUGAGAAAUACAAAAAGAAAAACUGAUUAAGAUGUUGUAAAUAAUUUAUAACAUACAACUUAUAACAUAGCCAUGUAGCUUAGGUAAGGAAGGUAGUAAAAAAUCGACUACUGAAAUAAAAUCUAAUACUAAAUCUAAAAUGCAUAUAUAAAGUCACGUUAUAAGUCGUUCUAAUGUUUCAAGUAGUUAUCCAACUUUAUCAACGUGACAAAGUCAUUUUUGGUAGCCAAAACGACGGUCACAGUUAUUUAAAAAUAACCCCAAGUCUGUAGAUGAGGCUACAUUCUUCAACAGACUUGACAGCAUACAGGCAUCUGAACAGACAGAUCUCAAAAUGCAUGCGGCGGGACUUACGCAACUUCAAUACAGCUCGUAUUGAAGAAGCGAUCGAGCGGAACCAAGGCUCCAAAGUCUUUGCCAGAGAUCUGUCUGCCAGAAAGAGCAAACUGUCAAAGCUGAGGACAGAAUGUGGCAGCAUCAUUUCCGGGACACCUGAGAUUUUGAGUGAGAUUGAGAGGUUCUAUGGGCAGCUGUACACGUCAUCGUUGGAGCCACACGCAAGUGUGAGUAACGAUCCAAGAGCGAGUCUCAUCCGAACGGUAAGGCCCCAGGCGAGGAUGGAAUUACAGCGGAGCUUCUGAAAGCGGGUGGAAGACCGGUACUUGAAGUCCUUCAGAAGCUCUUUAAUUCCGUCCUCCAUGGUGGCAUUACACCGGAGGCGUGGAGCAGAAGUGCGGUGGUCUUGUUCUUCAAGAAAGGUGACAACGCUCUCUUGAAGAACUACAGACCGAUUUCCCUUCUGAGCCGCGUCUACGUGCUGUUUUCGAGAGUCAUUACGAAUCGUCUCGCGCGCAGACUUGACGACUUCCAGCCUCCCGAACAAGCCGGUUUCCGAAAGGGCUUUAGCACCAUAGACCACAUACAUACCCUUCGGCAAGUUGUACAGAAGUCCGAAGAGUACAAUUUGUCACUAUGUCUGGCGUAUGUGGACUAUGAGAAAGCCUUUGAUUCCGUCGAAAUUUGGGCGGUGCUGCAGUCCCUUCAGCGGUGCCAAGUUGACUGUCGGUAUAUCGAAGUGUUGAAGUGCUUGUACAGUAGGGCUACGAUGGCUAUCUGAGUACAGAACCAGAGUACGAAACCUAUCCAAUUGCAGAGAGGUGUAAGACAGGGUGACGUCAUAUCCCCGAAACUCUUCACCGCUGCAUUGGAAGACGUUUUCAAGCUUCUGGACUGGAAAGGGUACGGUAUCAACAUCAAUGGCGAGUACAUCACUCACCUUCGAUUUGCCGACGAUAUAGUCCUUAUGGCAGAAUCGCUGGAGGGCCUAAGCACUAUGCUCAAUGACCUCAAUAGUGUUUCCCAACGGAUAGGUCUUAAGAUGAACAUGGACAAAACAAAGAUUAUGUUUAAUGUCCAUGUCACACCUAUGCCGGUAGUUGUUGGGAGCACUAAGCUCGAAGUUGUUGACGAGUAUGUUUACCUGGGACAAAUAGUCCGACUAGGUAAGUCCAACUUCGACCGAGAGGUCAAUCGACGGAUUCAACUCGGCUGGGCAGCGUUCGGGAAGCUACGACACAUCUUCUCGUCAGACAUACCUCAAAACCUUAAAACGAAAUUGUACAACCAGUGCGUGUUGCCAGUGAUGACUUACGGAACUGAGACGUGGUCCUUCACUGCUGGCCGUAUGAGGAAGCUCAAGGUCGCUCAGCGAGCUAUGGAGAGGGCUAUGCUCGGAGUUUCUCUGCGUGAUAAACUUAGGAAUGAGGAUAUCCGCAGUAGAACCAGAAUAACCGACAUAGCCCAACGAAUUAGUAAGCUGAAGUGGCAGUGGGCCGGCCAUAUAGCUCAAAGAACUGACAACCGAUGGGGAAGAAAGGUUCUCGAGUGGCAGCCUCGUACCGGUAGGCGAAGUGUAGGGCGUCCCCCCACGAGAUGGAGUGACGACCUGGUAAGACAUGCAGGAAGUCGAUGGAUGCAGGUGGCUCAGGACCGUGCUUUGUGGCAUUCUUUGGGGGAGGCCUAUGUUCAGCAGUGGACUUGUGAGGGGCUGUAAUGAUGAAUGAUGAUGAUGAACCCCAAGUCUAGUCCCCUCUUACGAGACCCACAGGAUUGUAUGGAUAUACAUAUACCGCUAAUACACGAUUAUUGAUAACUUCUCAAAACAUUUUAUUUAUGGGCAACAUCUUGCAAUUGUUGUUUCUCUAGUGCUUGACCUUCAUACAAAUAAUGCGAUAUUUUAAUUGUUGAUAAUUUUUUAUUUUUGGAUAAGAACAUAGACUCUUAUUUAAGACUUCAUUUAAAAAAAGUUUUUUGGACUGACCUACUAUACUGUUUGGCUUGACCAUAGGUUUGACUAAGUUGAUGGUGGUUAAUGUCGUGGCUUGAUUGGUUAAUUUGACUGUAUGUUUUUUAUGUGUGUUACCUCAUAACUUUUUUCGAGGUGAAUUGAUUUCGAUGAUUUUUCAAGUCGGUUGUACAAAAUUUUUAAUUUUACUACUUAUGUUAGGUUGAAUAUUUUGAAAUAAAUUUAAUUUCUUAUGUCUUGUUGAUUGCUGAAUGGCAUUCUAAACUUCAAUCAAGUGAGAUUUUGCUGUACAUUAUUAGUCCUGACAAAAGGAUAGUCCUUCUUUCUCCCAACCAAAAAUAUGUCUUAUGGGAAUAUGUCAAAAUUAUCUUUGUGAUGCAGAAGGAAUUUAAGUAUGUCUUCCAAACAACUUUGAGACUGUAAUAUGAAUUAAGAAUUUGUUGAACUUAUAUGAUUCCGCAAAAGAGACAGCUUCUAAGAGAGUAAUUGAUUCUUUGGAAGGAAAUAUAAUAUUUGCAGAGUGUUUCAGAAUAAAUUAUUCUGAGUCUUCCAUCCAUUUAAGUUCUGAAAGUCAUCAGUUAAUAUUGUAAGCCAGUCAGAUUCCUCUUCUUCUUUGUAUAAUUCUGUUAAAAAGUUACAUAUCUCUCACAAUAAGUCUCAACAAAUUAAGUUUAAGAAAAUCAUAUUUUUUAUCAUCUUAAUGGACUUAAUGUUGCCUAUAUGAAUUUUCUACCAGUCAACCCUUAUGGAGUUGUUAGAAUUAGAUGUUGGUGUAAUAAUUAAAAAAAACUUUGAAAAAAGAUAAUCUACCAUAAAUAUUUUAUGAAUAAAUAAUAUAUUCCUAUACAUACAAUUUCAUACCCAAAUAUUUAUUUGUAUACACAUAGAGGAUGGCACUAUAUUAAAUACAAUAAAUGAUCCAGCAACUCCAUUUAGCAUUAGCAAACACAAAAAUUAUUCAAAUAUAUUUAGUAGUUUAGCCACAGAAAAUGUAUAUAUUACUAGCUGUUCCCCGCGACUUCACCCGCGUGAAAGCGUUAGGGUUUUAAUUAUUUGGUGUGGAUCCCUAAUUCUUUUUCUAAAGUAAAAGUAGUCUAAAUUACUCCUUAUGACAUCAGCUAUCUGCCAGUGAAAGUCCCUUCAAAAUCAAUCCAGCCGUUUCGGAGAUUAACUGGAACAAACAGACAGACAGACAAUAUUUUUUAAAUGUGUAAUCUACCCGCGCGCGUUGUACGAUAACAGUGUCUAUCAGCUGAUCCGUGACUUUUUAAUCUAAAUGUAUAGUUAAACUUUACGUAAUUUGACAAUUUUUGUACAUAAUAUAGUCCUCAUUAUAAAGAAGUGAUAAGUGUUUGGAUCGUCGAAAUCGGUGCAGGGGUUCGUGAGUAAUUGCAUUUUGUAUUUACAAAACAUCGGUAAAUCAAAUACUCCCUGACCUAGGGCAACCCGCGAUCGCCCCGCAUCUACGUCACACCACAUUCAAUUGCAUGUAAGCGCCUGUAAAAUAAACUAUAGCAAUUCACCGUAUUAACUUUUUGCUAACUUUACCACACCUGUUCCGCAAAGAUGAGUACAAAAACCUUGAGAAACAAAAAAUGUGGCGCGUGCUCUGAAGAACAUAUCACGCAAGAGCAGCUUAAAUGUAUUACAUGCAGUGUUAAAUAUCAUUACGAUUGUAUAAACACCAGCAGCAAAAAAUAUAAAGAACUUUCUACUGAUUUUAAAAACAAUUGGGUUUGCCCGACUUGCCGAGCAAAGCAACGAAAAUGUGAUAAUUCUGAUACGCCUGUUCGCAGCUCUGGAAUCUCACCUCGAGAUACGAGCAGUAACAUCACAAUAAGACGCACACAACCUACGCACUUAACUCAAAGUCAGGAACCUCUCACUCUUGAGAGUAUAAAGCACAUAAUUCAUGAUGAGAUGAAUGCAUUUAUAAACAAAAUUGAAAGCAAUAUCAGCAAAAUUAUAGAAAAUAAAAUAAAGGGACUAACCAAGGAAAUCACUGAUCUAAAGGAAUCUGUUCUUUUCAUUACUAACCAAUACGAAGAUUUAAAAAAGGAUAUGCAAGUAAAAUUUAAAGAUGUAAAACAUCUAAAAGAAGAAAAUGAUUGCCUUAAAUCAACAGUAAAAGACCUCAAUAGUCGCUUAAGCAUAAUGGAGCAGCAUUCAAGAAUGAGCAACCUAGAGAUACAAUGUGUUCCGGAACAUAGGGCCGAAAAUAUACCUAAUAUUAUUACACAAAUAGGGAAGAUUACUGGUAAAUAAAAUAUCCGACGCUGAAAUCCAUAAAUGUACAAGAAUCGCCAAGAUUAAUCCAGAAAAUGCACGACCGCGGUCUAUUAUUGUGAAGUUUGCUUGUCCACGGGUUCGUGAUACAUUCUUAGCCGGAGUAAUAAAUUUC